GUUCAAGAUUUCACAUUCAAAAACACAUCUUUGGAUUUGGACGACGGCUCUAAGAAUGGACGGGUAGAGUGGGUGAACAUCAAGUAUCACAGCGUUUAUGAUCCGGAACAGGCGUUUGAGAUGAUUAUCGAGUGGAUGGUCGCCACCGGAAACUCCAUCUCCGAAAUAGUGAUGGGUUGGAGCCGUAAAACCACAUCCACUGGUCUUCAUUUGGUUCCAAUACCUACCGAUCCAUUCGCUCUGCCAUUUUCGAGUAAAUCGGAUCCAUUAAGAGGUCCCAUAUAUAUCACACUCAGUAUCGAUAGUUUGCCAAAAAUUGCCACUAAAUUACUUGAAGGUAACGUA